AUGGCCAACUUCGGAGGGCCAACUCUUCUCAAACGCAGUCUUGGGCUGCAAGAGGACCGGUACAGCCAGUACGUCGGGCCCACAACGGACUUUGAGCCGUCCCUGAUCAACCUCUCUACCUUUGACCCUCACGAUGAAAGCCUCUUAUCACGAGGAACGCUCCGGAAGGUCAGCGACGAUGACACCUUCUUGCUCCUCCCGGACAAGAACACGCCAGGGUAUGAGCACAUCUACGAUGACAUCGACGAGAUUGAGAGCAUCGUCGCGCCGCACGGGAAAAGGCUCGUGGACCUUUACUUCCGCAUCGUCCACCCGGCCUACCCCAUCAUCCAGAAGAAUGUCUUCUACGAAAAGUACGAGCGCUCACCCAGGGAGUUCUCGCCACCCCUGCUCGCCGCCAUGUAUAUCCUGGCCAUCAACUGGUGGGACCAGGACGAUGAUCUCUCAUCCCUCCCCCGACCCAAUGUCAGGCGGUUAGAGAGGCUGGUCCGCACGACACUUGCAGAUGCAAUGUACCGUCCAAAGCUGUCCACCGUUCAAGCUGGGCUGCUGCUUUCGCAAAGACCCGAAGGUGACCAGUGGGCACCGACGGCACAACUGAUCGCCAUCGCACAGGAGCUCGGAUUGCACCUCGACUGCUCGCACUGGAAAAUACCUCUGUGGGAACGGGGUUUGAGGAAACGACUCGCUUGGGGCCUAUAUAUGCAAGACAAAUGGGGCGCACUGAUACACGGGCGGCCUUCGCACAUCCUGGCCUCUCAGUGGGCAGUCCAGCUGUUGGGGCCGAAUGACUUCCCCGACGUGGAGUGGGAGGAAGACGACGCAGACGGGAGGGACGACAUCGACAAGGGCCGCACACUCUUCUCGCAAAUGGUCCAGUUAACACAGAUUAUGAGCGAAAUUCUCGAGACCUUCUACACCCUGCAGGCCAUGCAGAAUGUCAACAACGCCGGAUCGCAGGGGACCCAUCUCGUGCUCUCGCUCGCAAAACCGAUCCAGCUGAAGCUGAAGGAGUGGUACGCGGCGCUCCCGGCGGCGAUUCGGAUGGACUCGACGUACCAGACCCCCGUUGCCAACGCAAACUCGAACCGCCUGUCGAGUAUCGGAUACCUGCACCUGGCCUACUUUGCUACUGAGAUAACCCUCCACCGUCGCAUCGUCAGGUCCCUGGCGCAGACGCAUCCGGCCCCGUCGUCGAGCGACUCGGGCGCGCCGCCCGCCACGUCGUCCUCGGCAGCGUCGGCCAGCGACAGCUACAUCCUGCACAUCUGCCGCAACGCGGCCAAGGCGCGCCUGAUCUCGGCCAUGGAUUUUGUCAACCGGCUGACGCCGUCGCACCUGCGCGCGUUCUGGUACUUCGCGUCCAAGACCAACUUCGCGCUCAUCGGCACCUUCGGCUCGUUGCUGUGGGCGACCAGCCCCGGCCGCGAGGAGGCCGAGUGGUACCGCCGCCGCCUCGGCGAAUACCGCUGGACGCUGUCGGUGUCGUCCAAGCCCGGUGAGGGCCGCGGCCUGACCGAGUUCGCCAUGGGCAUGCUUGACAUCUCCACCGGCCUGCUCAAGAAGCUGCCCGAGAAGCCCACCACCAUGAGCCGCUCGGGCAGCCUGACGGGGUUAGCAGGCGCGUCCGGGGCCAGGCGCACAAGCCUGCUGGCGCUGGGCGGCGGGGGUGGCGCCGGCAUGAGCAUGGGUAGCUUCGGGUCCGGCAGCUACGUCGUCUCCGGGGUUGGGGGCGGCACGGGGAGCGCGGACGGCGGCCUGAUGGACCUCGACACGAGCGGGGGCAGCGGCGCGCCCAGCGGGAUGCACUCCCCGCGCAGCCAAGGCGACGACGCGGACCGCAGCGACGACAGCGGGAGCUCCGACGAGGCGAUGGGCUACGGCGGCGGCUUUGCGCCCACGGCGGGUAUGGCGAGCAUGACGGACUGA